CUGUCAUAUGGAUGGUGAAAUGUAGAGGUCCUGGAUUUGACCAUUAAAGAAGAAAACUAUAUCUGAAGAAUUAAGAGGAAAUGGAGUAGACACUGUUACUUCAGCAACAAGAAUGGCCAAGAAACAAAAACCAUGAUAUCCUAAAUUUAGGUGUUUGGUUCAAGGAUCGUGAAUCAAAGAGACCAUGUAGUAUGUGACGACAGUAUGGCGGAAGGUAGCAUUACAAGAAAGAACUCGGACUAUAGUUCUAUUGAUGAUCUUUCUGUUCCAUCAACAAGAUCCUUAGCUCUGUCCAAUGUUCAGCCUCUUCCCUUACGAGAAAGGAGCAACAGUGACUCCAACUUGAAUCUGAUAAGUCCGCAAAACUGGUCGAAGCUUACAGUUGACAAGUUUGAGUUCACGCUUGGGAGUGACAGCUUCGCUGUGGUAUCAUGGGAUAUCAAAGAGGAUGUCGGUGCUAAGGAUUGGAUUGGUCUUUUUCCUGCAGGUGAGACAGAUUCCUCCAAGUUCUGGGAUUGUAAGAAUCGUGGCAUCAAUGGAGGACAAACUGGACAGAUCCACUGGGACUUCGAGGCUAUUAGCCACAACUUUAGUGAUGCUGUGACUGAGAUAUGCUUCAAGUACUAUCAAGGCAAUGCAGGGGAAAUGGUUGCUGCAAGUCCCACCAUCAAGAUAAAGAGACCCAAUCUCAGGAGAAAGGGAAGCCAGACUGUCAAUGGAGAAACUAUUCCGCUACAGGAUAACACGCAAUUCAAAGUUCUCAUCACAGAUAUGGAAGCAGCCAAUCUGAAGAAGGGCAUGUUUUUCAACCCUGACCCGUAUGUGAAGCUACUGGUCAUCCCAGGGAAGACGGAGGAACAACAAACUCACCACAUGAAGGAGAUGAGAUCAUCCAUUGAACAGAACACCACCAACCCAAAGUGGAAUGGCCAGAUUUUCAACAUUGACGUUCUCAUGUCUGACAUCCUAGACUUUGAGGUGAAGGACAAGUUUGCAAAGAGUCGACCCACAAUCAGCCGCUUCCUGGGCAAGGUCACUGUGUCAGUGCAGAGAAUUUUGGAUAAAGUGGCACAAGGCCCAAGCCCUGUUUCUUUUAGCCUUGAUCUGAACAGACGCAACCCAUCCGACAAUGUGACAGGCAUGCUCAAGUUCAAGGCCAACAUUCAGUUAAUCCUUUCAGGUCACGAAUCCUCCAAACGGAAAAGAAGUCAUCCGCGGAAAACCUCCCUACCUGCCGACCUUAGUUCCGAGGUGACUCCGCCAACUGGUAAGGUGAACCACCAUCGGCACCGCCACACAGAUCCAGGCCUAUCUCCUGGCAGCAGCCAGCCAGCAGACCAGCGAACAAACGAUCCCAAAGUGUCGCUCUUCAACUUGUCAAAAGGUCGGAUCGUAGACGAGGCCCACAAUGAACAGGAAGAACAGGACAGCAUUAACGGGAGCCUUCCUAGUCUAUCGGCUGUGCCGAACAUAGUGUGUGGCUCCUACCACAGUCAGACAGACAGCUCAGAUUCCGGGACCUCAUUAUCAAUCGUGUCAUCUAGCGAUAACUCUGGAGGUUCCAUCACAUACACAACCUCAAUGGCCUCUACUACAUUACACAACAGCAGCGACAGUCAGUUGGGAGAGGACAACAGUGAAACUGAACUGGGGUCAGUGGUGACCAAUGAUAAUUAUGAUCUCGAUGGCAGUAACUCUGACACUCUGACACCCAGUACGGAAGGCAUGUCGGAGACAGAUAGGGAGGUUGAGACUCUUAGUGCUAGUGCAAGUAUUGUGUCUAUUGGAGAUUCCCAAAACUCAUGGUCCCCGUCCAGCCGAUCUGGACCCACAAGAGAAGGAUCUGAACCUCCAUCUUUACCCCCCAGGACGUAUAUAGCUAAAAAUAAGGCACCUCCUCUUCCGCCAAGGGUACGCGCUCCACCCAUCCCUCCCAGAAAGACUGAUAAGAAAGCUGGUGUUGCUCCCCCAUCCCCUAACUCUGUUUGUGAUACUGCCCCUGUAGAUGCCCUAGAACCCCCUCCCCUUCCUCCUCGGACAUACAGCCCUGUAAACAUGCAAGGAAACACUGGGCCCACCCAACCAGGGUCACAAGACGAGGAUGCUGACAGAUCUAGUUUUAACAGCCUUGAAGCCUUUGCUGGUUCAAGAGAAAAUUCUCAUAAUGAGAUAACGGAUAUUUUAGGUGCUGAAGGUGGAGGUAUAACUCCUGUGAACAGUGGUGACCAGGAAGUGUUUCCUUGGGGUCAGAGUUCAGAAGGUCAGACAACCCCACAAAGACCCGAUGUGCAUCAUACGAAAGGUGAUGUCAGACGGUUAAGUGCUGCUGCAGCAACAAGCUCAUCUCAUGUUCAUAUACCGGAUCACCCUCGUAGUCGGAACUCAGUUCCUACGCUCUCGGACCAAUUAGCAUUAAUACCCUCGAUAGAAUCAGCUACUUCUAAGCCCAAAUCCACUAGAUCCCACCCAAAACUGCGUCGGACUGGUGGCUUAGAAAGUCAGUCCAUGGAUGGAAUCUCACCUUCAGACUGUCACCAUGGCGACAGAGCUUGUGGAGAAGAGCAUCAUAAGUGUUCAAAGGCACACAGUGUCAAUGGCUCCUCUCCUCAAAGGUCGUCAAGUUUCCACAACGCAUCCCCCUCCCCUCCCCGCAUUCACCCCCGGAAUCGGAUACUGUCUGACGAGGAGAAGCAACAAAACAGACAGCAGAUUGCUCAACAUUUGCAGAUAUGGACUCAGAAACAGAGAGAGAAGUCUGGCAGUCCCAAACCUGAAGGUCAACCUUCAGAAACUGGACUUGGUAGCAUGGCAGCUAGUUAUACAGAAGGUUGUGACUGCGCAUCGGUCGGGGCUGAGGCCUCACCGCAAGCUGCUCAAGUGGUGCCUGGGGGUCAAGGUAGUCACGUGACCCCCAGCAGUAGUCAGAGUGGUCCUACACCUCAGGUCAGUCAAGCGAACACAGGCAGCCAUGAUGGCUCCAACCAGGGCAGGAAACACAGAUAUGACAGAGACUCCGUAGACGGAGGUGCCCGGUCACAAGGUGGAGCUGUGGGUGAGUCAACGCCCCCUGGUGCUAGUGCUGUGUGGCAACCGCGCAACCCAGACUCUGCAUCACCAGGGCAGAGGACAAGCGUUGCAUCUUCAGUAAGUGACAAUGAUGCAACGUUGCCUAAAGUCCCAGCAAGGAAACCUAAGUAUCACCGUAUAGAACCACCCCCUGGUGAAGAGCCUCUUCCUAAAGGCUGGGAGGCACGGGUAGACAGCCAUGGGCGGAUAUUCUACAUCGAUCACAACAACCGAACAACAACAUGGCAGCGACCCCAGGUCGGACAUGUUGUUGCUCAUCGCCGCCCAACCAUCAGCUCGGAACAGAGACAGCAACUGGACAGAAGGUACCAGAGUAUACGACGGACAAUAACAGCCAGUCGGCAGACUGACCCCGAGAACACAUCGUCGGGCUCAGACACAGCUUCUCCUGGUGCAGCUGCACCUGCAUCUACGGAGAGUUCCCCCCAGGCCAUGCCGCUAGCCGAGAGAACCAUCCACAAACUACCUGCCAUCAAGUUCCUCACACGACCAGACUUCUUCCCCAUGCUGCAGGCUAAUGAGGCUGCUAUGGCAGAUUACAACCGGAACGGAACUCUCAAACACAUGAUCACUCGCAUCAGACGUGACCAGCACGCUUUUGAAAGGUAUCAGCAUAACCGUGACCUUGUGACGUUCCUCAACUUGUUUGCUGAUGGUGAAAAGGAGCUGCCUCGAGGCUGGGAGAUGAAGUUUGACAGGACAGGGAAGGCAUUUUUUAUUGACCAUGCCUAUCGAACAACCACAUUCAUCGACCCACGGCUGCCAACAGACAUCCCUCCAAUCAACCCUGACUUUCUGCAGACACCCAUAGCUAGAGGACCCAGCAGGGCUGCAAGGAAUGACCCCCUUAGACUGGACGCUCCGGUGCCCCCUCCCCGGCAGCCCGUGGCUGACACCGUCAUCCCGACAGACUAUGUGCAGGCUAGCAAACCAACACCAUACAAUGAGAAGGUGGUCCUGUUUCUACGGCAACAAGGCAUCGAUGACAUCUUGAAGGACACGUUCCCCCAGUACUCCAACAACAACGUGCUGAAGGAGAAGAUUCAUAAGAUCCGCUCACAUGGCACUGACGCCCUUGACAGGCUCUGUAAUGAUAUUGAUCUCACAAUAUUACUUAGUGUGUUUGAGAAUGAAAUAAUGUCCUACGUCCCCCCGACGGUGACGCCGAGACUUGCACAGGCUCACGAUGGUGUGACACAGGGCUCUCCUCAAGGCUCACCAGUCCAAAGAGCCCCUGCCAGAGUGCCAGCACCAUACAAGAGGGACUUUCAAGCUAAACUCAGGAAUUUCUAUAGGAAACUGGAAUCAAAAGGUUUCGGGCAGGGGCCGGGGAAGUUGAAGUUGACGGUACGGCGAGACCAUGUGUUAGAAGAUGCUUUCAAUAAAAUCAUGUCCACACCAAAGAAGGAACUGCAGAAGAGUAAACUCUACAUCACCUUUGCAGGGGAAGAGGGGUUAGACUAUGGUGGUCCCUCCAGGGAGUUCUUCUUCCUCCUCUCCCGGGAGCUGUUCAACCCGUACUAUGGUCUGUUUGAGUACUCCGCCAAUGAUACCUACACUGUACAGAUCAGUCCCAUGUCAGCCUUUGUGGAGAACGCCCACGAGUGGUUUCGAUUUGCUGGCCGUGUCCUUGGGUUGGCUCUAGUCCAUCAGUACCUGCUGGAUGCCUUCUUCACCAGACCCUUUUAUAAAGCUUUACUCAGAGUGCCUUGGUCCUUGGAGGAUGUGGAGACGAUAGAUGCCGAGUUCUACCAGAGUCUUUUGUGGAUUAAAGACAAUGAUAUUACUGAUGUCGACCUGGACAUCACCUUCUCCGUCAGUGAGGAAGUCUUUGGACAGGUAACAGAACGAGAGCUGCGGCCGAACGGCAAGAACCUGCCAGUGACUGAACGAAACAAGAAGGAAUACAUAGAGAAAAUGGUAAAGUGGAGGCUGGAGCGGGGAGUCACGGAACAGACAGACAGUCUCAUCAGGGGCUUCCAUGAGGUGAUAGAGUCUCGGCUUGUGGCCCUGUUUGAUGCCAGGGAACUGGAACUUGUGAUUGCCGGGACGGUGGAGAUUGAUAUCUCAGACUGGAGGAGGAACACUGAGUAUAGAUCUGGCUACCACGACCAGCACACUGUCAUACAGUGGUUCUGGAUGGCUAUAGAGAAAUUCAAUAAUGAGAGGAGGCUACGCUUGUUGCAGUUUGUAACAGGGACCUCUAGUAUACCCUAUGAAGGUUUCUCAGCACUGCGAGGCAGUAACGGUCCGAGGAAGUUCUGUAUUGAGAAGUGGGGCAAACAGACAAGUCUUCCAAGAGCUCACACGUGUUUCAACAGACUUGAUCUUCCACCAUACUUCUUCGAAUCCCUGUUCGAGAAACUUGUUAUGGCAGUGGAGGAAACCAGUACCUUCGGCAUUGAGUGAACAAAGACAGUGCAGUCACUUGUGUUCUGGUAGAGAUCUGUUAAGGUCAUGAUUCUGGCAGCAUUGGGUUCUGUCUUACAGGCCCUGUGUUCUGGUAGAGACCUGCCCAGGGCUUGUGUUUGGCUCUGUGUACAGGUCCUAUGUUCUGAGAAGGAUCUGUUCAGGUCAUGACACAGACUGUGUUGGUAUCUGUGUUGCAGGUCCUGGGUUGUGGUAGAGAUCUGCCCAGGGCUUCAUGCAGGUUGUGCUUGGUUCUGUGUACAGGUCCUGAGUUCUUACACGGAUCUGUUCAGGUCAUGACACAGACUGUGUUGGUAUCUGUGUUACAGGUCCUGUGUUGUAGUAGAGAUCUGCCCAGGGCUUCAUACAAGUUGUGUUUGGAUGUGUUACAGGCCCUAAGUUCAUGAAGGAAUCUGUUCAGGCCAUGACACAGGCUGUGUUCGAGUCUGUGUUACAGGUCCUGUGUUCUGUUAGAAAUCUGUUCAGGGCUUGAAACGGGUGUUCAGGUCCCAUGUUCAGGUAGAGAUCUGUUCCGGACAUGCUAACAAUUCUGUUUGGACCCGCAUUCAGGUCAUGUGUUCUGGUAGAGAUCUGCCCAGAGCAUAUUUCAGUUGUGUUGUGCUCUGUGUACAGGUCAGAGCUUGAUACAGAUGGUGCAUCUGAUGCAGGUACUGUUCAAGGAUAUAGGCUGUUCUGUUCUAGGUUCUGUGCGUGGAGACACAGCUUCAAUUGCCACCUAGUCUUCAAGCAGCUCACUCACUCACUCACACAUCUAGUCAAACGGGAAAGUCAUGCUCAAAGCAACACAGCUCAAGGUCAAACAAUGUGAUUACUCAAGCUGAAGGAUGAAGAUGAAAAGCCAUUACAAUAUUUCUGCUGAAUGAGAAAAGAUCGAGAGUCAAGUUUGACUUUGUUCAUAGACGUCACGUGUAACUUGUCGAGGAAAACUUGAACACAGGUAUACAUCCAUUAUCUACCGUCAUAAACUGGUUAACUCUCUCCCCAGGGCAUCAAUCCACUUGCAGGAUGAACUGAACAAAAAGGAGAAAGAGCCAAGUUUAAGACAUGCAGCAUCAAGUUACCAAGUCAAAGACCAGGUUCCAUGCUCCAAGAUAUAUUGGCAAUAAGAACCACCAACAAUGCAAAACUAGCCCCAGCAUCGUGUAUCAUAGCAACCAGGGCCUCCUUUCACAAAGCACUAAGGCAAUCGUUUGUCACUAAGGUAACCU